UGUACAUCCCAAGAGAGAGAGAGAGAGUCACUUUUGAAGUUAAAGUAUCGUCUCAAACAUUCUUCAAAUCGACUUUCUUCUCGGAAUUCCAAUCGCUGUCAAUGGAACAACAUUACAUCUGUUGGUGCCGAGCUUCACCUUAGCAUUCAAUUUUCUUCUUCCGAUGAGAGUGUAGGUUAUCCAUUCAACGAAGAAGUUUUCGAAGAAGCAUUGGAAGAAGGGUAUGGUGGAGAGAUAAACCCUUGUUUGGUUUAUGAUUUUAAGCAUUUCAAUUACUUAGAUUUCAGAGACAAUCUUUUUCAAACUAUUCCGAUCCCUUCUUUCAUUGCAACAAUCACUUCCUUAACUCACCUCAACCUUUCUAAUGCCGGAAUCAUAGGGACCCUUCCUUCUCAGAUCGGAAAUCUUUCCGAUUCACUCUAUCUUGACCUUCAAAGUGACGAAACUUGGUUUACUGACAAUAUUGAUUGGGUGUCAAGUCUUUCAAAGCUUCGCUAUCUUGCCCUGAGCAACAUUUGGCCAGUUGGAGGAGGUAUGCCAAUUCCUUCUUUUGUUGGGACAAUGACCACAUUAAUUCAUUUGGCCAGAAAAAGGAGAAAUGUUGACUAGUUGUCGAGGCUUCUGAAGCUUGAGUAUCUUGAUUUGGGAGGUGCAAACCUAUCCCAAUUGUUUCACUGCCUUCACACUCUCCAAGCUCUCUUUCAAUGUUGAUGCACCAUUUCCAAUCUGAGUUUUUUAAGUAUGUUAGACUUGUUUUAUAUUGAUUUGAAUGAAAUAUUACAACAAAAACUCAAUUGCAAGCCUUUGAUGCAUAGUUGAUUAAAUUUUUAGGUCAUUUAUGUAUUGGUUGAUUUAUUUUCAAAUAUGAGAACAUUAUUUAAAUUAGAGGUCAGAUAUAUUU